UUUUGCUCUGUCCUCAUAAUGAGAUGGGAUUUGCAUACGUGGGAAUGACGAAGAUAAAUUAAGUGUAUUUUGUUAGAGCACAGCAGCGUCUCCGCUCUCUCUCUCUUUAAACAUGGAGACUCUGGAGGAAGUUGAAAUCUGUUUCCCCCACAUCAACACCUCCUGCAGGAGUACGAGGCGUCCUCACAUGGAGACCACACUCAUUUACUGUGGGUUGUCCUGCAUCAUUGUGCUCACUGUGAUUCUUAACCUGCUGGUCAUCAUCUCUAUCUCUCACUUCAGGCAGCUCCACACCACCACCAACCUCCUCCUUCUCUCUCUGGCUGUCGCUGACUUCCUCGUGGGUCUCCUGGAGAUGCCGGGUCAUCUCCACAACCAAGGCUGCUGGCUCCUGGGUGAUCCGAUGUGUGCCGUGUAUUGCUUUCUAUCUUUCCUCGUUAUCAGUGUUUCAGUGGGAAGCAUGGUGCUCAUAUCAAUCGACCGCUAUAUAGCAAUUUGUAGCCCCAUGUUUUACACCACCAGAGUCACUCUGAGCAGAGUUAAACUCUGUAUUUGUCUGUGUUGGAUCUUUUCUUUUGUCCACAGCAUUUGGAUAUUAAGGGAUUUCGUAAUACAACCUCAAAUAUAUUACCCCUGCUAUGGAAACUGUGUAGUUGCUGUGGAUGUUGCAGAGGGAGCAGUUGAUCUUGUUGCCACCUUUUUAGGUCCCAUUUUAAUCAUUGCAAUUCUGUAUCUGAGAGUGUUUGCGGUAGUUGUGUCUCAGGCUCGGGCCAUGCGCUCUCACGUUACAGUCGUGUCAACGGAGCGUUCCCAGACUGUAAAAGCUAAGAAAUCUGAGAUUAAAGCAGCCAGGACUCUGGGUAUUGUAAUGAUUGUGUUCCUAAUCUGUUCAUGUCCAUAUUAUUGUUUUGCUGUUACAGCUGAGAGUAAAUAUGACGCAUCAACCGCAGUCGUUGAACUGUGGUUCUUGUACUUAAACUCGACCUUUAACCCUGUGAUUUAUGUCUUUUUCUAUCCGUGGUUCAGAAAAUCCAUCAAACACAUUUUUACUCUUCAGAUUCUGCAGCCUGGCUCCCGUGGAGUGAGUGUGAUGUAG